AUGUCGUACAGGGGCGGCGGUGGUCGCGCAAGCGACUUCGAGGAGCGCGAGACCAGGUACUAUCGUGAUGAGCCCCGCCGCGGGCCCCCUCCUCGUCGCGAAUAUGACGACGUUGAGAUAUAUGAGCGGCGAGAGGAACGUCGCAGCAGCCCCCCCAGACGGGCUCCUGUGAGAGAGUACGAAGAAACCGAGAUUUCCGUGCGAGAGCGUGAACGAGAGACCCGUACUCCGGCAUUCCUGCGUGAAGAACCUAGGCGUGGUGAGGCUGGCCCUCUUGUGCUGCGCUCACGUGAGGUCGAAACGAUUGACCGCAGAAGGCCUCGCAGCCCGAGUCCUGUGCGCGAGCAAGAGCGCAUCGUCGUCCGGCGGCGAAGCGUCUCUCCGCUCAGGAGGGAAAGAGAUCCCCCUCCGGCCCCAAUGCCCAUGGAAAGGAGACCUAGGUUCAUCGAGCGCUCGCCUUCCCCCGAGAUGCGUGUGGACACCACACGCAUAGUCGAGCGUCGCCGAGAGAGAUCUCCAACCCCCGAAAGGGAACGCGAGAUUCGGAUUAUCGAGCGGGAGAGACCGAGGGUUCCUUCACCCAGUCCUUCACCCCCUCCCCCACCACCACCGCCGCCAGUGAUCCGCGGCCCUACGAUUGAGCGGGAGGUCAUCACUCACUAUCGCGAUAUCGACCAUGGAGUUGAACGAGUCCCGGCACCAUCCCCCCCUCCACCACCGAGACGGGAACGUGCGAGAGAGCGCGAGACAGACAUCGACAUUUACACCUCCCGUCAUGAGACCGAAGUCGAUAUUCACAAGCGUACUCGCUCUCGCUCUCGACCCAGAGAACGUGAACGGCCCCGCCACCCCGCAAGCCGGCCCUCGUACUACGACGACGAGGUUAUUGUUCGUAGUGACCGGGACCACCUGCAUGUCGAUAUUGAACAUGAUCACCGACGAUCGCGCUCUGUUGCACCCCCUCGCCCCGAUUACGGAGAAGAGAGCGAGUAUAUUACCACCAAGAUCGAUUCGCGCGGCCGUAUGGGCGAGGCUUGGAACGGUGCCACCAAGGACUGGACCAUCGUGGAUGUCCCUCCUGGCACCGAACGUGUCAAAAUGGACGGCAUCGGUGGCGGCGGAGCGGAGGUCACUUGGCAGAGAUACAAUGGAGUACGGCGGUCCAAAUUCCUCCCUGAACGGGACGGUACCGUUGUGACUACAAGCAGCACAAGUGUCAGCGAGCCAGUCCGGGAGCCAGUCUCGGAGCGGGAUCGACUGAGUGUCCAGAUCUACGAUAAGCACCGCGACAGGUCUAGAGAUAGAGGCGUGGUCGAGGACGUGCAUGACACACGCAUUGAAAUCCGUGACAAGGGUCGCCACCACGGCAAGCGGUCACUGAAGAGGCAGCAGGAAAUGUGGACUGAGAUCACAAAGGAUCUGGUCGUCCGCGAGGCUAUCCAAGAGUUGGGCUAUGAGUACGAGGAGACUGAAUGGUUCUUCUACGUUAUGGAAUACCUGCGAUAUGAGGAUGUGUUGCAGCUUGUCAAUAUGUCUGACUCAAUCCGCAGAGCUCGCAGAGACAGAGCGAGGGAGAUCGAGUGGGAGCGCGAGGCCAGGGAGCGCUGGGAACGCCGACACAGACACCGUCGAUCUGUCAGCAAAUACGACGAUGAACGUAUCGUUGAACAUGAGGUUAUCUAUGACCGAAAGCCAGUGCGUGGCUACCUCCACUAG